AUGCUGAAGAGUCAAGUUCUCACGUGUAUACAGGCUGUCUCUUAUACACAUCUAGAUGUGUAUAAGAGACAGGAGUUGCUUAUGUGGACGCACGGCGAGGAGGCUUUGGCGAAAUCCCUGGUGGCCUGUAAACUGUACAAGGCCAUGGCACACGAGGCCGCCGAGGAUGAUUUAGACACGGAAAUCUAUGAUGAAUUGCGUGCAUAUGCGAAGGAAUUCGAAAGCAAAGGUAUUAAACUAUUGGACUUCAGCUAUCGCACUGACGGGGAGAAGGCUCAACGACUACUCACUUGUGAGCUACACUCUUGGUCGAACCAAAGUUGCCUUUCGCUGGCGGUGGCCGCCAAUCAUCGUGCACUCUUGGCGCAUCCGAGCAGUCAAGUCAUACUGGCCGAUUUGUGGAUGGGCGGCUUGCGAACGCGCAAAAAUACAAAUAUUAAG